AUCUGAUCCCAGAAGUCCAAGAGCCAACCAGAAUAAACACCAAAGUUAGCUCGUCGGCUAGAGAUGGCGUCGGUAACGCCAACAGAACCGGGGGUGUGCCCAGGCUCAGGGCAGGCAGAGAACGUAGUGCCCGCCUGUAUGUUUGCACCGGACCGGGGAUGUUCCGCAGCCGACGGAGAAGUGGAAGACUGCGGGGGUGCAAAUGGAGAGGCCCUGGAUCAUAUAGACCUGAGCAGCAAGCUGGUUCUUGUGAGCCCAACAGCAGAACAGUAUGAUUCGUUACUACGACAUCUGAAGGAGCGGCUAGAAGAAGGCUGCGGAGAGACAAUCUAUGUUGUAGGGAUGGGAUCAGAUGGAGGAGAUUAUGGUCUGAAUGAGAAUGACAUGGAAGCAUCAGUCGCCACGGUGUGGUCGCUGUGUGGACAGAUCGAAGCUGACGUAAUCCUGCUGAGAGAAAGAACCGACACUGGUGGGAAGAUUCAAGACUACCUCAUCCGUCGGCAUGUGGGGGAGCAGGACUUCCUGGAAGUCAGAGUGGCGGUGGUUGGGAAUGUGGACGCUGGAAAGAGCACCCUGCUUGGCGUUUUGACCCAUGGUGAGUUGGAUAACGGCAGAGGCUUUGCUCGCCAGAAGCUCUUCAGACACAAACACGAAAUGGAAAGUGGCAGGACCAGCAGUGUGGGUAACGACAUCCUGGGCUUUGACCAGGAUGGACAGGUGGUUAACAAGCCAGACAGCCAUGGUGGAGGCCUGGACUGGACCAAGAUCUGUGAGAAAUCGUCAAAAGUGAUCACGUUUAUUGAUCUGGCCGGUCAUGAAAAGUAUCUAAAGACUACCGUCUUUGGCAUGACGGGACACCUGCCUGAUUUCUGCAUGCUAAUGGUUGGCAGUAACGCUGGGAUAGUUGGCAUGACUAAAGAGCAUCUUGGUCUGGCUCUAGCCCUAAAUGUACCAGUAUUUGUUGUGGUUACUAAGAUAGAUAUGUGUCCAGCUAACAUCUUACAAGAGACAUUAAAAUUAUUACAGCGGUUGUUAAAGUCACCCGGCUGCAGAAAAAUCCCAGUUCUGGUCCAGAAUAAGGACGAUGUUGUCGUCACAGCCUCCAACUUCAGCUCUGAGAGGAUGUGUCCAAUUUUCCAGAUCUCCAAUGUAACGGGGGAGAACAUGGACCUGCUGAAGAUGUUCUUGAAUCUUCUCUCUCCAAGGACCACGUAUAACGAUGACGAACCUGCAGAGUUUCAAAUAGACGACACGUACUCUGUACCUGGUGUUGGCACAGUAGUUUCAGGUACUACGUUACGUGGAUUGAUACAACUUAACGACACGCUGCUUUUAGGCCCAGACCCACUUGGCAUCUUCAUCCCCAUCACCGUGAAGUCCAUCCACCGCAAGAGGAUGCCCGUCAAAGAGGUUCAUGGAGGACAGACGGCAUCGUUUGCACUAAAAAAGAUCAAACGAGCAUCUAUAAGGAAAGGAAUGGUGAUGAUUUCCCCGAAGUUACAGCCUCAGGCCACCUGGGAAUUUGAGGCGGAGAUCUUAGUGCUGCACCAUCCAACCACGAUAUCACCACGGUACCAGGCUAUGGUGCACUGUGGCAGCAUCAGGCAAACUGCCACCAUCUUGUCUAUGAACAAAGACUGUCUGAGGACAGGGGACAAGGCUACAGUCCACUUUCGCUUCAUCAAGACACCAGAGUACCUGCACUGUGAUCAGAAGCUUGUGUUCAGGGAGGGGCGUACCAAAGCUGUAGGCACCAUCACUAAGCUUCUCCAGUCAGUGAACGCCCAGCAGUCCAAGUCUCAGGCUCACAAAAAGACUUUCGGCGAGGACUCUGGAUCAGCAGCACGGCCGCAAAGCCCAACCACCGUGCACUCAUCGACAGUGGCAGAGGAGGAGGCGCUAUGUAAAGAUGACAACAAAGAGAACCAGCUGAAAUCCGGAGGCGGAGGACGCCGACGAGGAGGACAGAGACAUCGAGGGAAAGGUCUAAAUGUUGGAGCAGUGUCUCCAGCUGUGUCUACAGGAGCAACGGGCACAGCUUAAAAGCAACGUUUCCUCAACCAGUUAUCAUCAUCAUCAUAAUCAUCAUCAUCAUUAUCGAAACAGAAAAAACACGACUGACCGUCUUGUUCUCGAUCCACAGCCUUUCCUCACUUCAUGUAAUCACUUUUUGAAACAAGCGACUCAUGUUCCACAUAAAGUCAGUUGAAAAGGUUAUUUGUGGUUUUUUUUUAUUUUCUGUAAACUGUUAAAGUUGGUAUUGAGUUAAGAAUUGAGUUAAGUUUGAAUAUAAUACCAAUCUUUUCAGUGUGUUUACCUGUUUGUCGUCCAUCAGAUCUUCCUGCUCAGC